GCAAACUGUACCAGGAAGUGAGGCAACGGCAGUGUAGAAGUAACCUGGCCAUCAUCCAAAUUAAAGAAUCCAUCAAAAGUAUUUGGAUCCGAGUACAACAACAGCGAACAAGCAUUAAGUUAACUUUUCAUUCCUGCCAGCCUUAUGACCGAGUGCUUCUAUGGAUGAGUGAGCAUGGACACACUAUCCAGCCACAGCUCCUAUUUGCUGCAGCAGCUCCAGGAGCAGAGGAUUCAGGGAAUGCUCUGUGACUGCAUGUUGGUGGUCAAAGGGGUCUGCUUCAAAGCCCACAAAAAUGUACUGGCUGCUUUCAGCUCAUAUUUCAGAUCUUUAUUCCAGAAUUCCCCCAGUCAGAAAAAUGAAGUGUUCAACUUGGUUAUCCAGGAUGUCAGUGGCAUUGGCCAAAUAUUGGACUACAUGUACACCUCCCAUCUUGACGUCAACCAAGAUAAUGUACAAGCACUCCUUGACAUCGCUCAGUGUUUGCAAGUUCCAAACGUCCAAAGCAUGUGUAACACUUUCCUUAAGCCUUGCCCCCCACCGGUGGAAAUCCCAUCGUUUUCCCUCCCAGCCAUGCUGACUUCAGAGCAUGACUGCCUCCUAGGAAGCAGCCUGCCUAAUGAUGUUGACCUCCACUGUCCCGCUGAAGUACCAAGACCUGGCUUUAUGGAGCAAACCAAACGAAUGCCGAUUUCUGUGCCUAACAGCAGCUCUAGUGACUCAGUUAGCAACACCCAGGCGCCUGUAGAAAAACAGUUAGUACAUGGUUACAAGCUUCGUAAUUUCUACAGUAAGCAGUACUUCAAACAAAGUGCAAUUCAGGCCUCAAAUCAGGGUCCAGGCCCUUCAGUUAUCGUGGAGGAGUCGCAGUGUCAGCUUGGGCUUAACCAGGGAGGCAACCACUCGCAUUUAUGCUCAGGAAACACAGUUCAGCCCAACCCUCCUUGCACAUCCUUGGCAACUGAUAAGCAUCAGGUGUCAGCACUGACACCCUCGGAUAGUUUAAACACCCCCAGCUCUGACCAUGCUGAUCCCAUGCUCAGUAUGCCAGUGCGUCCAAAGAAGACGGUGUAUCUGAAGAAAUACAACUACCUGCGUUCUCAAAAGGCUUUAGAGGAAAUGUUUGCAGAAUCAGUCAGCGAGCCCAUCCUCAACUGCCCCAAAGACAAUCAGCAAAUUGAUUCUGUGGUCCAGAUUGGGGCUCAAGAAACUCCUACUGAAAACCUUGUCACUGUCAGGGAAGAUGCACCUAAGACACCGUCAGAUGCUGAAAUUCCUAGACCACCACCCAUAAACCACGAGGAGCAAGGACUGCAGUCUUUGCCCGAAACACCACAGCAAACGGGCCACAAAUAUUCCUGCAAAGUGUGUGGGAAAAUCUUCAAACACCCAAGCAACCUGGAGAUGCACAAACGCUCUCAUACAGGUGAGAAGCCCUUUGAAUGUAACAUUUGUGGGAAGAACUUUUCACAGGCAGGAAAUCUACAGACACACUUGCGACGACAUUCUGGAGAGAAACCCUACAUCUGUGAGUUAUGUGGCAAAAGCUUCACUGCAUCAGGGGAUGUCCACCGUCACAAAGUGGUGCACACAGGAGAAAAACCACAUCUAUGUGACAUAUGUGGUCGAGGAUUCAACAACCUGAGCAAUCUGAAAGAACACAAGAGGACACACGCCACAGACAAGACAUUUACUUGUGACCAAUGUGGAAAAUCCUUCAACACGCACAGGAAACUUCUGAAGCACAAAGCCUGCCAUGGGGGUGAGAAACCACACAGUUGUGCCACCUGUGGGAAAUGCUUCAUUGGCUCAGGGGACCUACAACGUCACAUCCGCUCUCACACUGGAGAAAAACCCUACCUCUGCAACACCUGUGGAAAAAGCUUCACUCGGUCAGCCAUGCUGAGAAAACACAGCAACAUGCACUGCAAGGGUGCACCAGUUGAUGGCGCCAUCACAGACAACUCUGACCAGAAUCGCAGCUCAGAUACAGCGGUCUCGCUUACUAAAACUAUCUGCCAAAGUGAUGCCACAAAUGAGCAGCCUUUUUCUACUAUGAUGCCUCAUGCAGGACCUGAGAAGCCUUCACCAGCUACUCCUUCACCCCCAACCCCUCACGUUGAGACUCCACCUCUGGGUAUCCAGCUCAGCCCAGUAUCUACCCCAGCCUCUCUUCCAGACUUACGCUCCCUGGUGCCACAUCAUCUCCUCGCUUCCUCCCACCAGGAGAGAACCAGAGCGCUCUCUGGCCAGGAUCACAUGAAGCUGACUAAACCACACGUCUCUCAAGAGGUUGAAUAUGGGCCCUAUGUGGAGAAUGGACCAAUGGGAGGUGAGAUGGGUAGAGGUAUGUUAGGCAAGCCCUACCUUCCUGUACAAGACAAUUACUGUGCUACUCGGUCCCAUAGUGGCUCGUACAGGUCCAGUGAAGGCAACUUCAUCUCAAGUGUAACUUUGUGGGGGCUUGCAAUGAAAACUUUGCAGAAUGAUAAUGAAAUGGAUCAAUAACACUGCAGGAACAAAUGACACUCAUCUUAGGGGAUGCGCUACAAGAUGCAAAUGUGGUGUUCUCAAUUGGUUAGACAGAUUACGUUUUUAACCCUCCCGCUCAUGUGAAUUUUAUUUUAUUUUAUUGGGCAAACAGUAACAUACAAUGUAUUUGCCCACAGAUGUAACGGAGCUAGGAGGUGUCAAUUUAUUUACCUGCUGUUAUUCAUUUGAUGAUUGAUAUUCUUUGUUAGGUUAUCGUAACUUUUUUAUGUUAGCAAAGUUUCCAUUAAGGCAGAACGGUGGACGUGCUUGCAUGGAUUUUCUUCUGGUUCUCCAGUUUCCUCCCACAUCCCCUAAAAAUGCCUCUUAGAUUAUAAUUAAAGAGUCUAAAGUGCCCAUCGGUGUGAAUAGUUGUUUGUCUAUAUGUGCCCUGCAAUUGACUGGCGACUAGUCCAAGGUUUACCACAUCUCUCACCCAAAAUCAGCUCUGAUAUGCUCUAGUUACCCACGACCCUAAUGAGGACCAACUGUAUAAAAAAAUAGAUGGAUGUUUCUACAAAGUAUAAUUGGUGGAUAAUUACUUUGAUUAGGGCAUAUCCAAUAGCGCUGCCUUAUUUAAAGCCAGCUGUCAGAGGCGCUAACUCAUCAUUUUAUCCCCUGCAUGUCAUACUGGUUUAUUACGUGUAAAAAUAUAUAUGCAUAUAUAAAAGAAAAGCAAUGGGGGAGAUAUAAUAAACACUGACAUUUC